CAGGAUAAAAAGACACGCCUGCCCAUGCCCGAUGGUACUCGUGCUUUCUGUGCUUUUUUCACGCUUCAUUGCUUCAGCACCACAUCUUUGUGCUUUGCUGAUCUACACAUUGAUAGUCAGGGAGUUUGUCCAACUAAGCCGAGAAGAGAGGGAAAGAAAGAGCGUCAUUUUGAAACGAUGUCCAUAUCAACUCUCAAUAAGUGGUGACUUAUUUUGAAACAGUUAUUAAAUCGUCUUAAACAUUCAGACUUCUUGUGCCAGCUAGCGUCUUAGAAGGCAAUAUGAAGACGUUUUCGUUCGGUGCACUAGUGCUCACCGCGGGCAUCACCGGGUUACUGAGCUUUGGCUUCUUGGCUGCUGCAAUUGGAAGUGAAUACUGGUAUAUCAUCAAGGUGAACCAAACCGAUGUUGGGGAUUUUGACUCCCACUCCGGACUCUGGAGAAUACACGAAGGUGGGGAGGUCUACUCGUUCACAGCAGAACCUGCCUCCUCCAACUAUACUGAGAUAGAAAAACACAUGCUGCACAUGCACAGCAUGAUUGUGGUCUUGCUGCCACUCAGUCUGGUCCUUCUGGUGUUGGGUGGGAUCUGUGGAUUGGUCAGUUCCCUUGCACGAAGCCCUGUCCUCCUCACUGGAGCAGCCUCCUACUUCCUGGUUUGCAGCCUCCUGACUCUCUCUGGGGUCAGUCUGUACAUCAGCUACUCCCAGGCAGCUGUGGAUGAGACAGAGAGGCUGGUGGGAGCCGAGCGUCUGGCUCAGGUCUGCACCUCCUACGGCUGGUCUCUGGGUCUGGCCUGGCUGUCCUGCGGCCUGGAGGUCCUGACAGGCUUGCUGCUGCUCCUCGCUGCCCGGACCGCCAGACGCCAGCACGGCCACCAGGGACAUCACACCGUGGCCUGACCCGCCCCUGGAAGACAUGCUGUAUCAUUGCGGAAUAACUGUUUCAUUGAACGACACGCAUUAAGCCCUGUUUGUUGCUGGACUAAUGUGUCUCAAAGUUGACAGACCAGAAUACUGAGAGGAAGAGAGAGAGACACUGUCUCUGUGUCACUGUGUUCUGUUGACCCUCACCUUAUACACAUUGGUGGUCAGUAAACAAAAGCAUGUAUUGGAAGUAGUCUACUGGCUCUUUUCUCUCAUGUUUAGGACUGGAAUAACACUUUACAUAUGUUUAAUGUUUAGCAUUGACCCAUGUACUAAAGUUUACUGCCUGAAUAUAAAACUCAUCACAUUUUCUGUCCAUGGAGUUCUUGUUUUAACAGGACCAUUAAACUUUUCUUUGAAUCUUAACAUUUUAAGCCAACCUAAUGUGUAAUGCUGAUACUGCUAAGAGCAUGUUUGUUCUCUAUGUAUGUUAGCGCCACUGUUGUCUUUUUGUGUGAUUUUUAAGUGUUUGUCUCUGGUCAUAAUAAAGUAUUACAGUGCCA